UGGAGACAUUCACAUUCAGAACAAAACGAUGCAAGUAUUUUAAGAAAAUUUAACAUCAAAUUUAUUUAUAAUUUCAAGCAAAAUGCUGGGUGAUAAUACAGGAGUGUCAUUUCUACUGCUUCUUGUAUCAAAACUUGCUCUAAUAUUAUUAUCUUUGGCUUAUAUAUACUAUUUUCAAACUGUCUGGAUAAUUCGUAUGUGGACAAGGUACCGAGUAUGGCGUGCCUGUCUGAAAAAACACCGUCUGAAAAUCACAGAUGAUCUUGAAAUCUCAUAUUUAGAGAGAAAAGCUGCUGCAGAUGCUAAUGUUUUGUUGUUUGUUCAUGGUUUUACUGGAGAUAAGGAGAUAUACUCAGACUUGAUUCGUUUUUUGCCAACAAAAUUUCACAUAAUCGCAAUUGACUUGCCUGGCCAUGGAGAAUCAAAGCCAAAUGAUGCACAGUCUGAUUAUAAACCUUCCACAAUGGUUGAUUAUUUACAUAAGUUUGUUAAGGCCUAUGGUUUUGGUGAAAGAAAGUUAAACUUGAUUGGUUCGUCUAUGGGUGGCUCCAUUGUUGGUAUGUAUGCUGCAAAGUAUGGUGAUGAGUCACUAGCAUCAGCAGUAUUGCUUUGCCCAUCUGGCAUCCAUUCUCCUGAAGUCACCGAAUUCCUGUUGAAAAGCCGUGAUGACUUACAGAAGAAUGUAUUAUUACCAAAAACUCCAGAGGAUUUUGAUGAAAUGAUAAAGUUGGUUAUGCAUCAUAAAAUAAACAUACCAUCUCAUAUUGCAAUGGCUUUUGUCUCAAUUAAGAAAUUGAAAGCAGAUAUUUACAAAAAAGUUUUAAGUGAUAUGAGAACAAAUGGCGAAUAUUUGAUGUUGGAUAAAGUUCUUGAAGAAAUUCAGAAUCCAGUUUUGUGUGUUUGGGGUGAACAUGACAAAAUCUUACAUGUUUCUGGAAGUGAUGUUAUCAAACAGCGUGUCAAAAAUGCCGAGGUUCAUGUUUUAGACAAAUGUGGACACGCCAUUACACUUGACAGACCAAGGAAGCUUGUUAAGAUUAUAACACAGUUUUUAAAUAAAAUUGCAUAA